CUCUGCUCCUAAAUCCAGAACCUGACAAUUUGCACAAAACAAUCAGAACUGAGUGACCCAAAUCCACUUAAGGCUCAAUCGAAACUUCUACUUGUGCUCUCACAGACUCGAACCCAGUUCAAGAUUGCAUCCUCGGCCUCAAUGUCUAUGUCCCCCAACCUCAAACCCGCCAUUUCCAUGUCCCCAACUCCAUUUCUAACUUCCUCUCCAUUUUCAUUCAAAACCCAAAACAGCUCAUUGUUCUUUAACACAAAAACUUCAACAAUUCACACCCAUAAAACCUCACUAAGAACCUGCACUAACUUUCAGUUCUUUAGCACCAGAAGAGUGUUCCUCACUUCAGUUUCUGGCAUCUGGGAUGCCAUCACCGGCGGCAACAAUCCCCGGGAAGCCGUUACCGCAAUCCGACGUGGAAUGGUUCUGUUUAGGCAGGGUGAUGUUGCAGGGUCUGUAGCAGAGUUUGACAAGGCAAUUGAGCUUGAUCCUCGCCAAAAGGCAUAUCUUUGGCAAAGGGGGCUGUCACUUUACUAUCUUGAUAGAUUUGAAGAAGGGGCAGAGCAGUUCCGAAUAGAUGUAGCUCAGAAUCCUAAUGAUACAGAGGAGUCCAUUUGGUGCUUUCUCUGUGAAGCUCAAUUAUAUGGAGUUAAGGAAGCACGAGAACGAUUUCUUGAGGUUGGUCGGGAUCCGAGACCUGUCAUGAGAGAAGCCUAUAACAUGUUUAAAGAUGGUGGUGAUCCAGAAAAGAUUGCAGAUGCAUUUAAAAAUGGCCGAGACAGUGAUUAUUUCUACGCUUCUCUAUAUGCUGGCCUUUACUAUGAAGCUCAGAAAAAACCUGAUGAGGCCAAAGUUCACAUCCUUGCUGCUUAUCAGUCUUCCUAUGGACAAAGAUCCGAUGAUUACAUGGCUUCUCUUGCCAAGGUUCACUGUGUUUGUCGAAAUUGGAUAUCUGAUUGAAGCUCUUGGUCAUUCCUUAUUUCAUAUACAAAAGUUGGUUAAUGUACUUACAUAUGCCUUCGUUUCGGGCAGAAGUAGAAGCAAGGGAAAUCAUUCUAUUGUAGUAUA